GACACAAAUACUCUGAGUUCCAGAUUUAGCCCACUGUGAUAAGCCAUGUAAUAUAGGCUCUGAGCUUUUGCUUGACACCAUCCAGACCUCCCUUCUUCUUCAGGAAGACAUCCAAGAUGGCCAGCAGGAAAGCUGGGACUCAAAGGAAAGCUGCAGCAAAACAGGCCCAGAGGGGAUCCUCUAAUGUUUUCUCCAUGUUCGAGCAGUCACAGAUCCAGGAGUUCAAGGAGGCAUUCAGCUGCAUUGACCAAAAUCGUGAUGGAAUUAUCAGCAAAUCAGACUUAAAAGAGACCUAUGGGCAACUUGGGAAAAUGAAUGUGAAAGAUGAGGAGCUGGAUGAGAUGCUAAAGGAAGGGAAAGGGCCGAUAAACUUCACAGUCUUCUUAACACUCUUUGGGGAGAAACUGAACGGUACUGACCCAGAAGAAUCGAUCCUUGCUGCCUUCAAGCUUUUUGACCCAAAUGCAAGUGGCUAUGUGAACAAAGAUGAAUUUAAACAGCUCCUGAUGACACAGGCAGACAAAUUCACUCCUGAGGAGGUAGAACAAAUGUUUGCAUUAGCUCCCAUUGACGUAGCUGGAAACAUUGACUACAAAUCCUUAUGCUACAUCAUCACACAUGGUGACGAGAAGGAAGACUGAAGAACUGUGCAGAGACCAGGAUAUGCUGAUGAUGAAACAACAGGCGAUCUACUGUAUUGCUAAUAAACCUGCAAUAAAGAAAUGAAUAAGUGCCUUA